AAAGGUUAUGUAUUUGCCUUCAAAUGCUUCCUAUUCUGUUUGGCUCGCUUUGAUGAAAAAUAUCGAAACCUAAGAAACAAAGUUGCGUGACUGCUUCCCCGGGGAACUCCCCCCUUGCGGUUUUGAAAACCUAGCCACUUCCGAACGAAUGGUUUUCACAUCAAUUUUUCUUUGAUUUUACAGAGGUUAAGAAAUCUUAUGUUCUAAACGUGGAACUAGAAUGAGCACCGUCAAAUAGAAACUGUAAAACCCUACAAAAUACGAGUAAGCUAUGCUACCGUGCAAGGCCAAAUUUUUGAAGCCACAUGUAGUAUCUCUGAUUUACUCAAAUCUUCGCAUGGAGUAGCCCUAGUAGAUUUAAACUAAUCGUCGGCAGUAGCGCUAGUUGCUACUCCUACCUGCAGACGGCAAGGCGUCCACAGGUUGUGUUAUAGACCAGGUCCACCAUGCCCCUCGGCGGCAUCCUCUCGCAUCUGCCAGCAGCCCGACAAGGGUUUUAGCGGAGACCGCAACAUCGAUGGCGGCGGCGGCUGGUGGCGGCGCGCGGCGGGCCCUCGCGGCACUGCGCUCCGGUUCCCCGUCGACCCUCUCAGCGACGCUCUCCCGCCAGGCGGCGUCUCGGUCUCCGGAGCUGGCCGCCGCGUCUCUCCCCCGCGCCUCUCGCCGGCGCCUCGUGAUCUCGAGGGUGCCGGUUGCGGCGCUCGGCUGCGUGCAGGGUUCGCUGAUGCCGAUGCACAGCGCCACGGCGUCGGCGCUGCUCACCUCCAUGCUCGGGCUUAAGCCUGGCUCUUGGGGCUGGCUCUCCGAAGGAUUUGCUACGCCUCUAUAACAGGAAGGUGCUUCAAUCCCAAGAGACUGUUUUUUCGCCUUUCUGCUACAGGAUUCCAAUAACAGUAGCUGCAUGCCUUUUGGAAUUCACCAUUUGGACUUUUGCUGAUGCGAUCUGAACUAAAAUUCGCAGCCUAAAACUUAAGGUCUCAUGUGCUAGCUAUCUCAUUUUCCAUUAUAUCAACCGAAUUAUCAAUUUUUCUUGUUUUGAGUGUGGCACGGGAUUAUAGUGUGACAUCCUGACAUCAAUCAGAAGUGCAAAGUUAUGUCUCGCAGCAUGACCAUACAAGUUCUAGCUUAGUGCCAACCUUUUGUCCUCCAGAGUUCUCUGCUUCUCUCGAUUGAAUCUGUAGGCUUCCUGACUGCUUGAGAAUGAUAUUUACCUGUUCGUGCGCAAUUGCAGUUCGGACGCUUCGUUGCAAUCUAA